AGUCCACCGGGUGUAGCCGGUUUGAUAAAUGAAGUCGGACGGGUUAAUGCCGGUUGUUCAGUGGGUUAGAAAUUGACCGGGGUUGAAAUGAUUGCCAUUGCCUCCGCGGUUUUGACAACCCUUGGUUAAGUCCCUCGACCCCUCAUCAGACACACACAGAGAGACAGGGACGAGAAAAAGAGAGAGAAAGAAAAAGAAAAAAAAACCAGAGAAAGAAGAUAGAGAGAGAAAGAUAGUUUUUUUUUUCAAAAUAAUUUCUUUAGGGUGUGUACGAGCUCUGAUUUUUCAUCUGCCGCAAUUGAUAUAGGUGGAAGAGAAGAUAGAGGCUGAGGUGUUUUCUGCAGAAGGAAGGGGAAGAGUGAAAGCGACUAGAGAUAGAAAGUGGAGAGAAAGAGAGAGAGUAAAUUGAUUGAUUGAUGCGUAAAUCAAGAAGAUUGGUGGUGAAUUGAGAGAAGAAUAGGCUUCCUUUUUGAGGUGUUGGAAAUUUAUUUCGUUGAUUUGAUCAAAGUUUCAGAGAAAGAGAAAGAGAAACGAGAAAAGAGAAAGACUUGUGCUUCGAGGUGAAGAGAGCAGAUAGGAUUUUAUAACAGUGGUGAUGGUAGAUUAAGUGGAAUUCUAGUUUGGGUUUUUAGUUUGAGUGAACAAUUUGCGAGUGUCAGAUGAGAGAUCUGAGCUAAAAGAUUUGGAAGAAAUGACUACUUCGGAGGUAUCAAUUAAGGGAAAUUGUGUUAAUGGAAGAGGAGAGAGUUUUUCCUCUGGUUAUAGCGAGCCAAAUGAUGCAAGGAGCACCAUGGAAGGGCAAAAUGGUCAUUCCACUCGUCCCGCUGCCGUCAGAGACCCUGAAACGGCGCUGUAUACGGAGCUAUGGCAUGCAUGUGCUGGACCUCUUGUGACUGUCCCUCGCGAAGGGGAGCGCGUGUUCUACUUUGCUCAAGGUCACAUAGAACAGGUUGAGGCGUCUACUAAUCAGGUAGCAGACCAGCAGAUGCCAGUAUAUGAUCUUCCGUCAAAGAUCCUUUGUCGCGUGAUUAACGUUCAAUUAAAGGCUGAACCAGAUACGGAUGAGGUUUUUGCACAAGUGACUUUACUUCCUGAACCAAAUCAAGAUGAGAACACCGUGGACAAGGAGCCUCCCAUUCCUCCACCACCACGGUUCCAUGUACAUUCCUUUUGCAAGACCCUGACUGCCUCAGAUACAAGCACCCAUGGUGGGUUUUCAGUGCUUAGGCGGCAUGCGGAUGAAUGUCUUCCACCAUUGGACAUGUCACGGCAACCUCCAACCCAGGAGUUGGUUGCUAAGGAUUUGCAUGGAAAUGAGUGGCGAUUUCGGCAUAUCUUCAGGGGUCAACCAAGAAGGCACUUGCUUCAAAGUGGAUGGAGUGUUUUUGUUAGCUCCAAGAGGCUUGUUGCAGGGGAUGCAUUUAUAUUUCUAAGAGGUGAGAAUGGAGACCUACGUGUUGGUGUACGACGUGCAAUGAGGCAGCAGAGCAAUGUUCCUUCAUCAGUAAUAUCAAGCCAUAGCAUGCAUCUAGGUGUGCUUGCGACAGCAUGGCAUGCCUACACAACAAGAACCAUAUUCACUGUGUAUUACAAACCUAGGACAAGCCCAGCUGAGUUUAUUGUUCCAUUUGAUCAAUAUGUUGAGUCGGUAAAGAACAAUUACUCUAUAGGGAUGAGGUUCAAAAUGAGAUUUGAAGGUGAAGAAGCUCCUGAGCAGAGGUUUACUGGAACAAUAGUUGGAAUUGAAGAUUGUGAUCCAAAAAGGUGGCAGGAUUCUAAAUGGAGAUGCCUCAAGGUGCGAUGGGAUGAGACUUCUACCAUACCUCGUCCAGAGAGAGUUUCUCCUUGGAAAAUUGAGCCUGCUUUGGCUCCUCCUGCCCUAAAUCCCCUUCCAAUGCCCAGGCCAAAAAGGCCACGAUCAAAUGCAGUGCCUUCAUCCCCUGAUUCCUCUGUGCUUACUAGGGAAGGUUCAUCCAAAGUUACUGUAGACCCUUCACCAGGUAGUGGGUUUUCAAGGGUCUUGCAAGGUCAAGAAUUCUCGACCUUGAGAGGCAACUUUGCUGAGAGUAAUGAGUCUGACACUGCUGAAAAGUCAGUUAUUUGGCCACCUUCAGUGGAUGAUGAGAAGAUUGAUGUGGUUUCUGCUUCAAGGAGAUUUGGGUCAGAGAACUGGAUGUCUUCCGGGAGGCAUGAACCAACAUACACUGACCUUCUCUCAGGUUUUGGGUUAAAUGCUGAUUCGUCCCAUGGGUAUUGUCCACCCUUGGCUGAUCAAACUUUAGCAGCUGGGAAUCCAAUUAGAAAACAACUACUCGAUAAGGAAGGGAAGCUUGGCUCUUGGUCCCUCAUGCCCUCGGGGCUCUCGCUCAAGUUGGUUGACAAUAAUGCAAAGCCUACUUUGCAAGGUUCUGACAUGCCUUACCAAGCACGAGGAAAUGGUAGAUUUAGUGGUUUUGGUGAGUAUCCUAUACUUCAAGGUCAUAGGAUUGAGCCCUCACAUGGAAACUGGUUGAUGCCUCCCCCAACCUCAUCUCAUUUUGAGAGUCCAGCUCAUUCAAGAGAUUUAAUCUCGAAAACAUCAUCAGUACAAGAGCAUGAGGCUGGAAAAUCUAGAGAAGGAAACUGCAAGCUCUUUGGUAUUCCUCUCAUUAGUAACUCUGUUUCAUCGGAGUCAGCAGUCUCCCAUAUAAAUGUGUUGAAUAAGCCGGUGAAUCAUAUGAAACCUUCCUCACACCAAGUUCGUGCAUUUGAAUCUGAUCAAAAGUUUGAAAAGUCAAAGGUCUCUCAAUUGCCGGAGGAUCUGUCUGCUUUUAAUGAGCAGGACAAAACAUUUCAGCUGGGUCAGCCCCAUACAAGAGAGAUUCAAAGCAAACCUCCUAGUGUUUCAACUAGGAGCUGUACUAAGGUUCACAAGCAGGGCAUUGCUCUUGGUAGGUCUGUGGACCUUACUAAGUUCAACAACUAUGAAGCACUGAUUGCUGAAUUGGAUCAAUUAUUUGAUUUUGGAGGUGAAUUAAUGGCUCCUAGAAGGGGUUGGCUUGUUGUUUAUACUGAUGAUGAGGGUGAUAUGAUGCUUGUUGGAGAUGAUCCCUGGCAGGAAUUUUGUGCCAUGGUUCGCAAGAUUGGUAUCUACACUAGGGAGGAGGUCCAGAAGAUGAAGCCAGGGUCCUUGAGUUCUAAGGGUGAGGAUAAUCCAGUUUCUGCUGAAGAGCUAGAUGCAAAAGAAGUGAAAUGUCCAGGAUUUAGUGCAGAGAAUUGUUAGGCUUGGCUGUAAUGGUUCUGAGAAAUAUUCUAGCUUUUUGGUGGAGCAUCAGGAGUGCUAUAGUGACAUUCCAGUUGGUUAGAACUUGAAUUAAUUGAGUUGAAAUUGACUUGUGAGUCUAUAUUGGCAGCAAGUUUGUCUCAGAACAGACAUAGAUGGCACAAAUGGUAUAUCCAGUUUUGGAAAUGUUGUGGAGGUAGUAGUGUAUGGUGUCUUUUAUAUACAUAAAUAUGUAUACCCGAAUUUGAAUUCCAAGCGUGGUUACACCAGCCUUGCUUUUGCAACCAUCCUCAAUACCCCCUUGUACAGAGAUGGUUUACCACCCUCCCCACCCCCCCCCCCCCCCCCCUCCUUCCUCUUUUUCAGCCUGUGAAUGUAAGUAAGUUAGUACACAAUCUAAUGUCUUUUCAAGUAAGCAUAUCAUUUUGUUGGUUUUUAUUGUAUUUUUUAGUCAGUAGUACACAUUGUUAUUGGGUGCAUUUCUGCAAGGAUAUUGUCUUUGCCAUAUAGCUUGACGUAGCCAAAAUAUUUAUGCAGAGCACAUUAUUUAUAGCGGUGUGUUUUUUCAGCAAGUAAUAGAAAGUUAAAUCAGUUUUCUUA